AACGACUUUUGGAAGAAAGGUGGCGAAGUUGACAAACUAUGGAAUGAACUAUCCAACGCCAUGAGGACAAAUGGGGACAAAGACAAUGGAAAUGUAUGUGGUCAAAUGGAAGAUGGCAGUGCCACCAAUGGUGGCACUGCCUCCAGACAAGCGACUGACCCUGAAAGGAAAGCAUGCCAACAUCUUACAGCAGGUUUCAACCAACUAAAAGAAAAUCCAUCUUCCAAGGACAGUAAUUACCCCAUCUUGAAGAACAACCCACUGUUAAGACAAACAGUGGGUUGUUUCCUUCUUAAGGAAUAUGCAAAAAAAAUGCAAAAUCAAUCCACAUGUGUUAUCACUUCCGGUUUAGAGAAGGCUUUCAAGUCAUGGAAACCAGAAAAAAAUGGACGAUGCGCGAGCGGUAUCGCCUGCAUUGACUGUAAUUGGGACGAUAACGAAUAUGACAGCUGCGACGUGAAGAUUACCACAAAUGGCACCCCAUCGAAUGCAAAGACCGCAGUUGGUACUGUACUCGACGAGAAAAAAAAUGAGUUGAAAUCAACUAUGGACAAAAUAAACGACACGAAGACCUUAUGUCAACAACUCCAAUGUGCCGCACCCAGAUGGUUCGAAAGGAACAAAGUAACGAAGCAAAAUGGUACUGAUAACAGGACUUGGUGUGAAUUUUGGAAUGAAGGUGUCAAACCCGAACUGACGAACUUGUUCACAGCAAUUCAGACGGAUGGAAAGGGCAAAUCAAAUACAAUCACUACUGCCAGAACAUGCCAGGGCUUUGGUUAUGGUAACACUGAUAGUGUCGAAAGAAAAGCAUGUAAUUAUAUCGCGGCAGGACUACAACACAUUAAAGGCAUUACAGGUAGUAGUAAUGGUGUUGCACAGUCUAAUGAUCAAUACAAGGAACUGCUCGAUAGAGCAGUUGCUUGCAUUGCUCUUAACAUGUACGCUGAUCAAAUAAGAGAAAAGUCGAAGGAUAAAUGCCCCAUUGAUGAAUCUAAAAUACAAAGAAUGUUUGAUUUUUGGAAUGCAAUUAAUAAUAAUUCGUGCUUGACCUCUGCUAGUCGUGCUAAUAAUAAAAAUUGUUUUGUUUGUAAAAGGCUUCAAGGCUCAUAUUUUGCUGAUUGCAAUCUAAGUGUUUCCAACACUUUGGUUGAUACAACAUCACCACAAUCUGGUUCAAGGACAACUUGCACUGAUAAGGACAACAAUACCAAUAAGAAUGUCUCCAAAAAAAUCGACGACUUGCUCAAAGAAGAAUCUAAAAUGGAAGGAACAUUAAAGGAAAUAAAUAAAAUGAACGAUUUCUGUACUCAACUCCAAUGUGCUGCAAGGAAAUGGAAAUUAGCAAACAGCAAAAAUGGGCAAAUUGGAACACUAUCUUGGGAUGACAUAAACCUUGUCGUUAAUGAAGAAUUAAAGAAACUUCUAGAACAUAUUACGGAUGAUCAGAAAUGGGAAUCCGUUGCCCAACACUGCAAUGGCAGCAUUGGUUCUUCGACAGACGACACACCAGGAGAAAAAAAAGCAAAGCAAAAAGCUUGUAAGCUUUUUGCUUUAGGUUUAAAACACAUUUCUGAUAUUAAAGACAAAAACCAAAACGACGAUGUUGUACCACUUAAACAAACUAUGAUGUGCGCAGCACUUAAUCUUUAUGCUGAUCAAUUAAUUACAAAAGCAAAAGAUCAAUGUCCUCUGGAUGGAACUAAAUUGACGGAUGCAAUACAACACGCUUUUAAUAAUAGUAAAACCAUUAUGAAUGGAGGAGCUUCAUGCAAAACUGGUAGUACUAAUUCUUGUUUUGUUUGCAAAAGAGAAGAAAAAACUUUUCACAAUUGCCAAAUUGGCCAAAAUCAGAAUGACAAAGUAAAGCCCAAAUUGGAGUCAUUGCUCAAAGACAACGACAAAACCAACCCCAACAACAUGGACAAAACACUAGAGGAAAUAAAUAAAAUCGAAACUUUCUGUACUCAAGUCCAAUGUGCAAUCAAACAGUACGGAAAGUCAAUAAAUAAUAAAACGGGCCCAAAUGGAACAGUUAGUUGGAGCGACAUAGACAAGGACGCCAAAGACGAAUUAACGGAACUUCUGGAUUAUAUGAUAAAACCGGAUAAUCAGAAGGACGUUGCCGAAUACUGCAAAGACAAAGAAGAUAAAUGGAAUGCAAUGGGCCAUAAAGAGGGCAAAACAAAUAAAGCAGCUUGUUUGCUUUUUGCUUCAGGAUUAAAGCACAUUUAUACCCAUGGUAUUGUCCAAAAGAAUGGCCAGGUUAAGGAUCAUGUUAAAGGCCCAUCGUUUGAACAAACGAUGGGUUGUUUAUUUCUUAAGGAAUAUGCAAAACAAUUGAAAAAAAUGGCAGAAGAACAAAAAAAAUAUAGGGUACAUCCUAAUUGUAGUGUAGAUUCUGGCAUAGAUCAUGCUUUUGAAAAAAGUAAAGUCAUUAUGCAAGCAUCAUCUCAAUGCAAAAAGAAUGUUAAUAACGACUGCUUUGAAUGCGACCUAAAUAAAGGUUAUGACAAAUGCUCCAUUGGCGAUGACGAUGUAGGAAAUAAAGCUAAAAAUCUGUUCGAAGGGGAAUCGGAACAAAACCAUAUGCAACAAACUUUAGAGAAUACAGUCUGUCCCAUCCUUCUUACGGAUAUCCUUACCCCUUUUCUUCCUUUGGCUCCUGUCUCUAUUGGUCUUUCUGCUAUGGCUUAUUACCUUUGGAAGUAUUUUGGUCCUCUUGGUAAAGGAGGACCACGUUUCAGAAGAUCUCCUGCUGAAAUUCCUGGUUCAUCGAUACAAGAACACCUACUCGAUCAUGUGGAAGAAGCUGGUCCACAUGAAUAUCAAUUGGUGAAGGAACGAAAACCUCGUUCUGCUCCAACGAGAACAAAACGUUCUGGUCCCGUGAAUCGUCGCACGAUUAUUGAAAUUCAUUUUGAAGUGUUGGAUGAAUGUCAAAAAGGGGACACACAAGUGAACCAGAAGGAUUUUCUGGAACUUUUGGUUCAAGAGUUCAUGGGAUCGGAAUUAAUGGAAGAAGAACAGGUUCCUAAGGAAGAGCUUUUUAUGGAAGGGGUUCCUAUGGAAGAGGUUCCUAUGGAAAGUAUUCCUUUAGAGCAGGUUCCAAUGGAACGUGUUCCAAAUUUAGGUUCCGGGUUUAUGGUUUAG